AGUUGUUUUGAGUUGGGUAAAAUGGUCCUUAACUUUUUGUUUAAUUAUUUGGAAUCGCCCGGAUCACGAGUUGUAACUUGCUUUUUCAAAUUUCGCGCUGUUUAUUCCGCCACACUAUAGGCUGCUGGCGUGGAGCGAACGCUGUACCGACAUACGGAUUUCCUAAUAUAGCGGCAUCGAUUUUAGGAGUUUUAUCACCCGUGAUAUAUUUUUCUAGACUUCUUCCAGAAUGCAGGUGACAGACAUAGGAAACAAAGAGGAAGGGAAAAUAUGGCAUCGAAAACCAUCGUUGGGCAAAGGUGUCGUGGUGACAGUGGUCCGUACUGUCCAGCAGAAAACAGUGCGUUUCCUCCACUUGGCUUUUGACACCACUGGAGAUUCCUUCCUGGCUGGUGAUCACCAUGGCAACAUCUACAUCUUUGACAUCAGCAGAAACAGGUUUCGUCUGGUACAGAAGACGGGUCAAGCCUGUACUGCGCUGGCUUUUAACCUCCGCAGGACCACAGAAUUCCUUGUGGCCCUGGCCGACUAUUCUGUCAAAUGCUUUGACAAAGAUACAAAGGAGCAAGUCAGUUGGAUGCGGGGUCACGAGGGAGCGGUUUCAUCUAUCUCUGUCCACAGUUCAGGCCGCUAUGCCAUCACUACCUCCUCUGACACGGCCCAGCUCUGGGACCUUGACACCUUCCAGAGGAAGCGGAAGCUUAACAUCAAACAGUCUGUGGGCAUACAGAAGGUAUAUUUCCUACCUCUCAGUAACACCAUCCUCAGCUGUUUCAGCGAUGACUCCAUCUUCGCCUGGGAGAGCGAAACGCUCUUCUGUAAAUACCAACUACCCGUCCCUGGGGAUGGGCCCAGAAUCUGCUAUAAGGCCUUUGCUGUCACAAGGGAUGGUAAGAGUCUUGCUGCAGCUGGGCGUUCCAACCUGCUCCAUCUGUGGUGUCUGGAAAGCAAACAGCUGGUCAAAGUGAUUCAGAUGCCGGCCAAGGUCAGAACUGUUAGACAACUGGAAUUCCUGCCUGACAGCUUUGAUGGGGGAGCCAGCCAGAUUCUAGGUGUACUCAGUCAGGAAGGCAUGAUGCGUUUCAUCAGCAUUCAUACAUGCAAACUGCUCUUCCACAUCGGUUCCCAUGAUGACGCUAUCACCGUGGUGGCAAUUAGUCCUAAUGGACGCCAUGUUGUGGCCGUCAUGGACAACGGCAGUAUUAAUGUCUACAGCAUUCAGAAAGUCACACAGGAGGCUAAUAAGCCCCCUCCUCCUCAGGUAACAUUAGUCUCAGGUGGUGAAGUCGAUCCUUACCCCUCUUACCUGAGGGUAAAGGUUAAGUCAGAGGUCAUUCAGAGACCAGCUAGAACCUCUGGUAGGCGGACACAGGCCAAGGUCCUCAGACCACUCUAUGGGUCUCCAGCAGACGACAAAGAGAAUGAACUGCCAGGUGGUCUGAAUAAGAAGAGACUAGUGGCUCUACUGAAGGCCUUUGGAGAAUACCCAGCUAAAUACAGGAUGUUUGUGUGGCGAUCUUUGUUGUGUCUCCCAGAGAACCAUGCAGCCUACAGUAGUCUGACUGAUAAAGGCUUGCACUCCGCCUACCUCAUCCUACAUGACAAAUAUCCUAUCAAAAGCCACAAGCUGCAGAGAGGACUGCAGAGAGUAUUAUCUGCCUUAGCACACUGGGCAGCCAUCUUUGGAGAGACAGAGUACCUUCCCCUGUUGACUUUCCCUUUUGUCAAGCUGUUCCAGAACAACCCACUGCUUUGCUUUGAGGUCGUGGCCAGUGUCGUAGUGAACUGGUGCCAGCAUUGGUUUGAAUAUUUCCCCAACCCUCCACUGAACAUUUUAAGCAUGGCAGAGAAUGUUCUAGCUCAUCAUGACAAGGAGCUGUUGCAACACCUGGUGGACUGUGGAAUCACCUCACAGCUGUACAUCUGGCCUCUGCUGGAGACGUUGUUCUCGGAGGUGCUGACCCGUGAUGAGUGGCUCCAGCUCUUUGACAACGUUUUCUCCAACCACCCAGCUUUCCUGCUCAUGGCCUGUGUGGCCUAUGUCACUUGCUGCCGUGCACCCUUACUUCUCUGCUCCCACAAACAGGACUUUGAGUAUUUCUUUCACCAUCGUAACAACCUGGACAUGGGAGCCAUGAUAAAGGAGGCCUAUCGCCUGAUGGGAAGCACACCAGCAAACAUUCACCCCAAGGCCAUCCUAUCCGAUUUUUCUCCACUGACCAAGGGGCAGUACCCCGUCUUCAACCAAUACCCAGCAUCCGUAGUGGAAUACCAGAGCAGAGAGAGGGAGAGGAUACAACAGCAAGAGAUGGAGUAUCUCCGGGAGAGACAAGCACUCUCCGAGCUUCGUGCAGAUUGCGUGCGUCGCGAAGCUGAAGAGGAGGCCUAUUAUGUACAACAGGAGCUGCUGCAGCAGGCAGAGGAGCAACGCAGACACGUUCUGGCACAAGAGGAGGAAAAACUAACGCAACAGAGGACCAAAUUGGCAGCCAUGAAGAGAGAGCUGAAGGAGAAGGAGAUACAGCUGUUGGAUGCUUCCAGAAGACGCUUUCUCAAACACCAGCUGGACCUCAGAGCCUCACAGAUACAAAAACUAGAUGAGGAGAUUAGUAGAAAGAUGGAUCUUCGUGGACGAGAGACAGCUGCUGCUAUUGAGGAUCUCGAAGUCAGACAGAUGGAGCUGGAGGCUCAAAGGAAACUCUUUGAACAGGAACUGCUGAAGGAGCAGGAGCAAAUGAGUCGGGAGGUUCAGGAGGAGGUGGAGAUGAGGAUGCAAAGGGCGGAGAGAGAGGAGGAGGGCUACAGAACAGGGCUGCACAAUACAGAAAUAAACCUGCAGGCCCUGGAGGAAUCGCUGGCCGAGGCAUGCCAACUGGGCUUGGAUGCAGACUGGCAGAGAGAGGUGGCAGAGCGCCUGGAACACGUAGAAAUGGAGCAAGAGGUGAAAAGACAGAGGCUGGCCCAACUCCACAGACAGACCCUCGCACAGGAGGAAAGACUGGUCAACACCAUGAGAAGUGUAGAGGGGAGAAAGUGGGAUGAAGUGAUGAUGGCCAGGGCCCAGUUACAAGAGCAGAGCCAGCCCUUGCCCUCAGCUUGUACAGGCGUCCAAAGACGGAUAACUAUGAGGUCACCACACUCAACUAGAGGACUGCCCAGUAUAUCCACAGCUGUAACUACUGUUAAUGGUGCAGCUAAUACUAGUCCUGCUCAGACUGGUAUUACUGUUGCUGCUACUGGCCCAACAGUGUCUGUGAUCCCUACUGCCACCCCAAGGCAGACAGGAACCAACAUGAUUUGUCUCAAUAGCCCGUCGCCUUCAGAGAGCAUCUCCACUAGUUUUCCUCUGGACCGAGGCCGGGCCCAGCUCGACAGCAGAGAAAGAGAGCUGAUGAAGGACAUCAGAGUCCUGAGACAGAAGCUAGCAGCAAGGGCCAGAGAAGCCAGCUCAGCGUCAUCCCAGUCUAUCCAGUCACUGUCACCUGUCUUCAAGUCAUGAAAGAGCCGCCAUUCCACUUGACAUUCCACGGUGCCAGUCACCCCGUUCUACCGCAGCCGUGUCCUCCAAGUGACUACAACAACAAAAUACCGAGACUGAAAAAAAACAAAACACUAAAACUGGUAGCGAUAGAGCCAAAUGGGCCAUCACAGUCUUAAUGUUUUAUCAAUCACAUAAUGAGUACUAAUAGACCAUUCCUCCCUCAGGACAAUCCAACUGUAAAAUUAUCUACAAUUACAAAAGAUGAAAUGGCUAUGGCCAAUCAAAUUCACCAUUCAUCAACACAGUGUUUCUAUUCUCUAGUAAGCCGCCAGCAUUCUUGACUAAUUCAGUGCAAGUGCAGAAAUAGACCACUGCUGCUGGCCAGGAAACCCGGCUCUGCUUCACGGUCAACAUUUAUAGAAAGAAAUUACUCUUUUAAAAGAAAAGUUCCUCGGAUGUCGUUGUUUUUGUGGUUUUUGUUUUUAUCUCUGUGUUGUAUGCACAUGGGUCUUUGGCCUGAAAGUAGUCCAAGGACCCUGUGAGGCUGGAGCCUCCAGUCAGAUUCUCUGCUAACAGCCAUAGGAACAAUUUCCAUAUUUCAUCAUUAGUAAUGAUUAGUUAACAGGAGAGAUGAUGAGUACAUAAUCUGGUUUCAGUCAGUUCUUCGGGCCAGAAUCCCUUCAUCCCUUCCAUUGAUGUGAUAUUCAGAUGAAGGGAAGAAAACAUGCUUGACUCAGUCCUCUUCAGUGACCACUUUAAACACGGACAGUGGCGGCCAGAUAAACUAACAUCCUGCUCAAAGAGGCAGUUAUGGCCAAACUGGUUAUCCUGUAUGAUGGUGUGCUGCUGAUACUUGCACUUAAUGGAGAUGUCAAUGCCACAAUAUGCAGAUGACAGCCAUCUCACCCAGGAAGUAAACAAUGACACACACGGUUGUUUUAAAGCAUAGGAAUUCUCAUGUGCUUGUAUACUUGAGCUUAUUUGAUUUGUCUUAUUUAAACCCUGUUUUUGAUCAGAUAUUUUAAAUUCAUAAUUUAACCCUCUCCUGUGUGUCAUUGUGCAAUCUUAGAUAUGUAUGCUUAUUGCCCACUUAUGUCCUGAGGAUUCUUAUGUUGUAAACAGUGAUGUAAUUAUAACAUUAAUUUAUUUGCAUUAAAGGUCUUAGUUGUCGC